UCAAUAUGGUGCCAAAAAUGAUCUGUUUUGAGACACUUAUAUUAAGCUAUAGUUCGAAUAUUUUCGGAACAUAGGAUACACCUGUAAACUGUGUAUGAGUAAUUUUUGCGAUGUAAUAAAACACAAACUGGCCACUCUGUGUGUAUUUAUAAACAAAACAAGAUUUUCGCAUUGAAAAUCUAGCGCUAUCGCAUAAUGCAGAUAACAACGUUGAAUUAAUAUAGUAUUAAGUGUCUUCGUUAUAGGUUCAAAAUGUAUCUAUAAUCGCAGUGCUAGAUAGUGAUAUUCGUCGUGAACCCGUGACUAAAAAAAUCUCGAAUUAGAUGGUAACAAUAUGGUUAUAUCAAUAUAGUUCAUGAUUUCGCCGAACUUAUCGAGCCUCAUAAAGAUAUAUGUAGGCAAAGUUCCAGUAAGAAUGUUUUCAGCAUGUAGCCGAAUCAAGCGGAGGCUGGUUGUUUCCAGUGUUAUUAUGUUGAUCAUACUAUAUAUUUUAUAUUCGAUCGACUACCGACCUAUCAAGGAAAACUGCUUUGCCGUGCAUUUUCCCGAACCUUCGAAAACUCUGGAAAGCAUUCAGCACUCCGUGAAGCAACCUAACGAAGGUAACAACAUAUUCUUUCACGAGACUUCCUGUUCCACGAACGGAGUAAUUAGCCUUAACGCGCGGCAGGCUUGUGCAGUAGAGUCGGCUGCCCGAAUGAACCCGGCAAGAAAUGUAUUCGUUCUGUUUGCCGCACCAGUGGGAUUUCGGAACAAAAGUAUACUUCCGCUGAUGGAUGCGCUGCUCUCAUAUCCGAAUGUGGAGUUGCUGUUUGUCAAUUUGACUACAUAUGCACGAGAUACUCCUCUGGAAGAUUGGAUGCAGAGUGGGGAGAUUUUUCGAUCACAGUACAUGAACUCGCAUCUCUCGGACGUCAUGCGGUAUUUGACACUGUUCAAGUACGGUGGUACCUAUUUAGAUUUAGAUGUGGUUGUGCUGCAAUCAUUUGACACCUUAGAACCUAACUACGCGGGAGCAGAAUCACCUCGCUGGGUGGCAGCUGGUGUAAUUCAUUUUGAACAUAACGGAUACGGUCACGAACUGGCGGAGAUGUGCCUUAGAGACUUACUCAUCAAUUUCAACGGUCAGAGUUGGGGUAAUAACGGACCAGGAGUCAUUACCCGUGUUUUCAAACGCGUAUGCAGUACAAACGCACCGUUGCUAAUGACACGUAAAAGAUGUCGCCAUUUCACCGUCUUCCCGCCAGAGGCCUUCUAUGCAAUCAACUUUGAGGAUUAUUUGCAGUUCUUCGAAGAGCGUUGGUUGGACCAGGCGUUGACCGCGCUGAAUCGGUCGGUGGUUGCUCACGUGUGGAACAAAUUCAGCAAGGAUCACAAAAUACGAGUCGGUUCGCAAGUAGCUUAUGGAGUUCUCGCGGAGCGUUUCUGUCCCCGGGUGUACAAAGCCAGUGGCGAAUUCUUUUGAAUCUCUAGAAUGAGUAAAAAUUUGUAUAGUUAUUAAAUUAGACGAACCUAAAAAAGAAAAAAAUUCUGAAAGAUACGAUCAUUGAACGCAAGAAACAAAAUUCGAGCAUUCCGUGGUAGCUUUAUAUCGUUAUGAACUAGAAAAAUGUUAUAAUUUCUGCUUGUUUUCUAGCUUGUUGUGAAUCAGACCAGCUGCAGUUUGCCUUUUGAGUUCCUUAAUUACUUUCUGAUUCCAACAUUUUUGAAAAAUAUAAUAACAGAGAAUCUCAAACCACAUACGUAAUGAACAAUCAAUACUCAGGGCGAAGCAACCUGUUUAUUUGCAAUUAUUUCAUUCAGUUUGUUGCCUACCCAAUAAGUAAGCCAAAGAAUCUAAAAUCAUCAGAAUUGAUCAUAAUUCAAAAAUAUUUGUGAUAGGACAGUGGAAGUGAGUUUUUCCGCAAAUGUCAGGUAGGCAGAUUCAUAACUUUAUGGUGCUUAAUUUUACAAGUUUAUCUGUUCUCGAAAUUUUUAUUCAUAAAACUACAGUUGUUCAAAAAUGUUCUGAUAAUGUUCUAUCUAUCGUAACGGGACAAAAAUUUGACGCAAAUGGGUACUUUCAUCAUUAGAUAAAGAUUCAAGAUGUACAUGAAAUUUCACUCGGACAGAAUUUAAAAUUAUGUGAUGAAAUAGAACAAAUUUAGUGCAAAAGGACUCAUGUUUUGCAAAUGUAAAAAAUAUGCAUCUGACCAUGUUGUAAUACUAACCAAUACUCUUUGUUGAAAUUAUCAUUUAUUUAACAAGAUCAAAUUGGAACAACAUAAUUAUUUAGUUCGCAUCUGACCUAAGUAAGAUUAGGCUUCAUUAUUUUCGAUUACUUACAGAAUUAAAUAACAAAAAACAUACCUCAGUGAUACGCUCCAUAAAAAGUGGCGAUGCAAUAUUCUCGAAAUAUGACUACAAAUCAACAAACGCACCAGAUUCAUAUCAGUUGUGGAUUAUUUCAAUAAGUACCUAAUUAUAAAUAUCUUUCCAUCAUCAAAUUAAUAAAUGAAGCAAUCUAGUUCCGAUUGCACUCAUUUCACUCCCUGAAAAAUGUGAUCAUCUACACAAAGUAUUACAGUAGUACCAUGGAAUCCGCAAUGCGGUACGUUAAUUGCAAGCCCGAAUGAUUUUUGGCAGUAUAAUUAUAAGUGUUAACUUCGUAGCAGUUGUCUGGCAUUUUAAAAUUGUUUUGAGUUAAUAGCUGAUUUUUGUAAGCAUCCAGAUUUUUUGUUAUGAACAUUAUUGGUGAUUGGGUUUUCAUUAUGUAUCAAUUCCAUACAAUCCAUAUUUCGCUACAAAAUACAAAAAAAAAACAGUUCUACCAACAUUUCCAAUAGUUAUUGACUAAAUUUAUGUCUUGUAGAUCAAUUCUAGCUCAAGAGACGUAGUCAUAUAGGCCGAUUACAGUUUGAAAUAGUUCGACCGAAUUACAAAUCAAAGCACAAACACAUCUGCUCUAAGUUUGGAUGAUUUGAUAGUAGCAAAAUAAAGAAAUAAAAUAUAAUUUUUCAA